AUGCCUCCAAAGAGGUCGGUGAGUAUGCGAAGGGCUUAUACAUAUGUCUUCAAGCGUGAACGGUCACCUGGCACAACUACUGGCGCAAACCCCCAAGACAAGCGUGAGGUGGUCGCGACGACACAGAGGCAGGAGAAGGUGUCCGCAGAGCAUCCACGGUCGCCUGCCACCAGGAUUGAGUAUCUCGAACGACAAUUGCGACAGUCCAGGGCCGAUGCCGUCGAAGCUAGAGAACUGGCGAUCUCUCAAGAUGCCGACAUCGCGAAUCUGGAAGAGCGCAUGCGGUCACUCGAACAGGAGUAUGCACGUAAGGAGGAAGUUUUGCGUGAUCAAAAGGCCAAGAUCGAAGAGAAUAUGGUCAACAUCGUCCUAGAACAAAUACGAACAGCUCGAGAGGGAGAGCGCGCGGCUGCUGAUGCAGAGAACAAGGCAGCCAAAGACGCGUUCGAGCACAAGUACAAAGCUCGUGUGGCCAUCCUUACGCAAGAGUUAGAGAAUGCCCGCUCCGCCAAGGCGGCCUCUGAAGAAGACAUGGUGGCUUUACGGACCGAAAAAGAUUCGCUGUCAAAUGAUCUGGAGAAAGCAAAAGAUGGACUUAAGGAAGCCACUCAGGCGCUCCAGAGCCUGCAGUCCUCCUCUGACGCUGCCAUCUCGCAGGCUCAGCAGAACCAGUCCACGAUUGUAGCCGACUACGACUGCAAGGUUGCUUUGCUUACGCAGCAAUUGAAGGAAGCCGAGUCUGGUCUGCAAUCUGCGCAGUCGAAGGGACAGAGUCACGCAGAGCGAUAUGACCAGCUCACGAGAGAGUCCGCGAGAUCCGCGGCUGACUCAAAGAUGUCCCUGAAUCUGCUCAAGCAACAAAUGGAGUCACAAGUCAACUCUCAUCGCGACCAGUUGGCCAAAUUGGAGAGCAAUCUUGUGGCAGCGACAGCUGGGCAGGAAGAUUUCGUUCUGCAAAAGUCGAAGACCGACGCUGAGCUCGCUAGCGCUCAACAGGAAAUCGAAGAGCACAGAUCGCAGCUGGUCGAAUCACGAGCCGUUGCUACUCGACUGCAGCAGAUGAAAGGUGAGGCAGCAGAGCUCAGAGCCGAGGUGGAAUCGUUCAAGGCUCUGUCCAGUAGCCAGGAAGAGCAGAUUGUGAAGUUGCUCGAGGCAGCUUCGACGCACGCGACCACGCAGCAAUUACUGCAACAAGCCGAGCUGCGUUCUGAGACGCUCACGAAGGAGCUUGAGGCAGCUAUUGGGGACACCAAAGCCCUUCACGAGGAGAGAGCAGCCCGUGAAGCUUUGAAUAAGGACAAUGCCGCGCUGCGUAACAAGUUGACGGAGCUUGAGGCGUCUGCUGGCAAGCUCGUCGAUCUGGAAACUUCAUUCAAACAGCAGGCAAUGGAACUGGAAGCUGCUAGGGCGGCCUCUGAAGCCACCGACUCCAAGUUCGCAGAUCUACGUACAGAGAACGCUGACUUGGCCAAGAAGAUUGCUGCUGCCAAUGCUGCAAGCGUAGAAUUGCAGCAUAGUCAGACAAUGGCAGACGAAGAGCGAGCGACUCUCGUUGAGCAGCUCAGGGGUGCCCAGGCUCAAGGCAGCAACCUAGCCGCGAUGAAAGAGGAGCUCGUCGAGGCCGAAGCGGCAAAAGAAGCUGCUCAUUCGAGCUUGAGAGAAUUACAGGAGAAGCUUAUGCAAGCUGAGCGAAAUGGAUCUGCCAUGGGCGAGCAGCUGUCAGCUAUAAGUGACGCAAAAGCCUCCCUCAACACGGAGAACGCCAAGCUCAACGACGACAUCCAAAGCGCAAAAGCGUCAAACAUCGACCUGCACAACAAGAUCAAGGCUCUGGGCUUGGCUCAAUCUACCUUCGAGCAGGAGGCCGCGACAAAGGCGAAAGAAUCUGCUGCCACUAUCGCGUCUCUGGAGCAAGAGAUUGCCGCUGCACAUGCUGCUGCUCAAGAGCUCAGGUCUCAACCGGCCGAUCCCGCGGCUCCCGGCGAGGAACUCGAAGAGCUUCGCGCACAGCUCUCAGCGAAGGACUCUGAGCUUGCUGACUUGAAAGCCUGGCGUGCGAAGACGGAACUCGAGCUCGAGGAGCUUGUCAGAUCACCGCAGUCCGUUGACGAGUCCUUCAAGUCCCAAGCAUCGCAAUCCUCUGCCGAAGAGCUUGAAGAUCUACGUGCGCAGUUGAUGAACAAGGAUGCUGAAUUGGCCGAGCUGAGAGCCUGGCGCAAGAAAACCGAGCUAGAUUUGGACGAUCUUGUGAAGACUCCCCGAUCAGCCGACACGUCUUUCGACCGCAGAAUAUCACAGGCCACACCGUCCAAGACCGAUGCCGCGACGGAUGAUACGCCACCGAUCACGCCUGCGGCGAUCGAAGAAGCUGAUCCGAACGAUGUUUGGGCCGCGUCGGCAAAGAAGGGCAAAAAGGGCAAGAAGGUCAAGUCGAAGAAGAAUUCUCUGUCGUCGCCUGUGGUUGCACCCAGGGCAGAGGCUAAUGAUAGCUGA